UUUAAUUUAACCUUCUCGGAUACAAAUUAGGGCAGAUAGCAUUUCUUGUACGUUUUUUGUCAAAUAUUGUUCAUGUGUCAAAUAGUUAUCGACGAUAAAGGAUGGUAGUAUAUUGGAAAGAAAUCUUAGCAGUUUUGGUUUCCUAUCAGCUUUAUUGUGUUGAAGGCUACUGCAAAAGGAAAACCACCAGAAGACCACAUAUUGUACUUAUUGUUUCUGAUGAUCAAGGUUGGAAUGAUGUCAGCUGGCACAAUCCUGAGGUUUUAACUCCACAUAUGGACAAACUUGCAAAACAAGGUGUUAAACUAGAAAAUCAUUAUGCUCAUCCAGUGUGUUCACCAUCCCGUGGUGCAAUUCUGACAGGAAAGUACUCUCACAGACUUGGAUUACAGUUUGGUUCAAUCAUCCCAAAUGAGGCUAAAUUCCUGCCAGAAUCUGCUACAUUGCUACCAGAAAUGUUAAAGGAAAUCGGUUAUACUACUCACAUGACAGGAAAGUGGCAUCUUGGAGAUUGUAAUAAGAAUCUUCUUCCAACCUCUAGAGGGUUCGACUCGUUUACUGGUCUUUUAAGAGGUGCUGGAGAUUACUUCACAAGACAACUUUUUGGUGUUUACGAUUUCUGGGAAAAUGAGACAGUUUAUAGACCACAAGAGGGCUCAUAUAAUACAGAUUUGUUCACACAACGAGCUGUAGAGAUAAUAGAAAAAAACAACCCCAAAACGUCGCCGUUGUUUUUAUACGUGCCGUACACAUCUCCACACUCUCCACUUCAGGUACCACAAAAGUUUAUGGACAUGUAUCCAAACGUAAUCAAUCCUGCACGGCGAAGAUAUCUAGGCAUGGUGUCUUCCCUUGACGAAGGUGUAGGUACUAUCGCCGAUGCCUUAGAGAAAAGUGGCCACAUGGAUAACACAGUCUUUAUUUUCUUGAGUGAUAACGGAGGCAACACUGACGCUGGUGCAAGUAACAUACCCCUCAGAGGAAUCAAAGGACAGUUAUGGGAAGGAGGAUCAAAGUCAGCGGGAUUUGUAUAUAGUCCAAGAUUUUUUAAGCAGGAAGGUUGUGUACACGAAGGAAUGAUUCAUGCUGUAGAUUGGUUUCCAACUAUUUUAGACAUGGCAGAUUUUAAUAAAGACAACAAGAGAAAUAUGUGUGAUAAAAUUGAUGGUGUCAGUCAGUGGAAAUAUAUACAGACGUGUCAAGGAUCAGGUAGAGAAGAAUUCGUGUACCAAAUAGAUGAUUAUGUGGCCAAAUCUGCAGCAAUAAGAGUUGGAGACUACAAAAUGAUUGUCGGGGAUCCACGUGUUGUCGAUUUCUCAUUCGGUCCUAGUGGAAACAUUUCAUUAAAACUAGUUGAUCCAAACAACAAGGACAUACGCUUAUUUAAUUUAAAGAAUGAUCCUACCGAGAGUAACAAUCUUGCUUCUAGAUUACCCGACAAAGUGAAAAAGAUGAAGAUUAGACUGGAUGAAUUGAGAAAAGACAGUUUGCCAAUAGAAUUUCCUGUGUGGGAAUCGAAUGAAAUAGGAAGUCCUAAUAAUAUUGUCAGUACCGAAUGGUGCUCUGUUUGAGUUAAAUAAAAUAUGAAAGUAUU